AUGAGGGUAGAAAUACCCAAAGGAAGCCUCAACAAAUACGAAUACAACGAGGACACUCAACAAUUAGAAUUAGACCGAGUUUUAGUAGGGAACAUGCCUUAUCCUGAAUUGUAUGGUUCUAUUCCUAACACGUUAGCGGAAGAUGGCGAUCCGUUGGAUGUAAUUUGUAUCAUCAGAGAACCCAUCGACUUCCCUUGCUUAGUUCCGAUCCGAGUAUUAGGAUUAAUGGAAAUGAUUGACAAUGGUAAGCAAGAUGAUAAAAUUGUGGCGGUAAAUGCCGUUGAUCCACACUUAAUCGGUAUUCAAAGUUUAGCCGAUCUUGAUGAAACCACCAUCUUUGAAUUGAUUAACUUUUUUAGUCACUACAAAGAUUUUGAAGGCAAAACAGUAAAAGUUAUGCCAGAUUUCAAAAGUAAAGAGUAUGCUGAAAACAAAAUUAGCGAAUGCCAAGCAAGAUUUAAAAAUGAACCAAACCAAUAA